GUAGGGAGUCGGUAGCUUUCUUCUCUCUAUCUGAAAGAAAUGACAACGCCUUCAAGAAGAACCAGCGGUCCGGUGCUCGCUUUCCGACCAUCGAUCUCUCCCCGAGCCGGCAGCGGUGCCUCCUUCGCCUCGUCGUCGUCCAGCAUCACCGGUCGCUCCCGUAACUCCUUUUCCCAGCAACGAUCCGCCCAACCUCCGGCCCCUCCCCUCCGUUUCUCCCUCGACCGAUCCAUCUCCUAUGGCUGCUCCUUAAAGCGAUCCCCAGCCGCUCCCGCCCGCCGCACCUGUCUCUGCUCCCCAUCCACCCACCCUGGAUCCUUCCGCUGCAGCCUCCACAAGGGCCUCGACCACCAUAACCCCAGCCACGUCGUCGCCGCCGCUGCCGCUUCGCCCUCUAACAGGCUUAACGCUCGUAGGUCCGCGAUGGCCAACUCACUGGUCCGGAUCGGGGCCGUGGAGGGAGAGUGGGUGAAGCGCGCCCUCAUCCGCCCCUCCUCCCAUCAGCAGCGGAGGCGAACCAACUUCCAACCCCGCCCCACCCGCCUCUCCCGGAUGUCCAAGGCCGUCCAACCCAUAGAUCUCGAAUCAGGUUCGUAGAGAAAAGACAGCAGAAAAGAGAUUUUUACACACGUUCUCCAUCAUCAUCGCGAGAUUCGCUGGCGACCGUCCGACCCGAUCGGAAGCACAUCGGAGCUUUGUUCUAGUCGUCUCUUACCAAGAAACGCAUGGUGUGGGCGGCGAACUGAUGAGACCGCCCGUAUGCACAUACUCUUUUGUGGAAACUGUACAAAGACAUCGGAAUUGAUCCGACAACGCCUUCGAGAAAAAGAAAAUUCAGUUAAUAUUUUCCAAAAUAAACCCUCAUCGAUUUGUUUGCUUAAGUUUCUGAAGCAAUUCCAUUCGAUCGCAAGUAACUGAGCGUGACGUCGGACU